AUGGCCCUCGUCCACAACGCUAUCAUCAAUGGCUAUAACAGCAUCUACCAACAAGCCCCUUCCGUUAAACCCACCGACUACCCGGACUUCAUUGGCUACUCCCUCGCCUGGCACGCCAUGGUCACCGGCCACCACGACAGUGAAGAAGAGAUUCUCUUCCCAUCGCUCGAAGCCGCCACGGGCACCCAGGGGCUCAUGAACGGCGACAAGGCCGAGCACGCCGCUUUCCACGACGGCAUGGCCAAUUUCAAAACCUACCUCACAACCUGUGCCGCUGCGCCCGGCUCCUUCCGUGCCACCAACCUCCACCACGUGAUGGACACUUUCGGUCCCACGCUGCACCAGCACCUUUUACACGAACCCGCCAAACUAGCCUCUCUCGCCAAAUAUCCCAUCGACAUUCGUGCCCUAUCGGAGAAGACCGCCAAAUACAGCAUGGAUCGCACCUCCUCCGUCAAUCUCCUCCCGAUGCUGUGGUUUAACCUGGAUCUGGAGUUCGAGGACGGUAAAUGGAAGGAUUUCCCGCCUGUGUCGGCGCCGGUGCGCUGGGUUAUGGUGAAUGUACUCGGUUGGUGGCGCGCGGGCUGGUGGAGGUUUGGGAGCUGUGGGGCAGAUGGGAGACGGGUGAGGCUUCUGGCGCUGAGGGAGGAGUAUGCGAGUGGAUAG